UAGCACUUCCUCAAACUCUUGCGGACGGCAGGCCAUCCCACUUGCACUUCCACCCCGCCAACACGCCAAGAGCAUCGCCAUGAACAACUUCGGGGUCAUCGAAAUCGCCAGCACUACGACAAAAAGCACGCCGGGUUGGGCAUAUGUACCUGACACGGCGCCUGCGCUGCCCGCCGCUGUGCAUUCCACCAGCCGAAAGCGUGCCGCUCGAAACCAGCCAGCCCUAACCUUAUCCGACCUCUCGGCGCGUGAGGAAACGAGGAUCCGGAAAGAACUCGAGGCCCUUGAUCGCGACAAUCCCAAAGAUGUUAACAUCCCGAUUCCCCCGAGGCCGGGGGGAGGCAGCAGAGCCCAGAACAAACACACGCCGAACGUGCGCAAGAUCCUUCAGUCGCAAAAGUCAUUCGCCAACCACCUCGACGACUACCAGGCGAUGCUCGCACUAGCCGAGAGCAACCCUGCCGCAGCAGCAGCACUGAACGCGGCGCAGGCGAAACCAUCCACCCCGACGACAGCAGUCUCGAAGAGCGCCUCACCAGCGCCCACACCAGCGUCCGCCGGUGGGGCAAGCAAGCGGUCAGCAGCGGCAGCAAAGCGAGCCGCGGCAAAGGAGAAACAAGAACAAGAAAGGAAGAAGGCGCAACAUACGCCCAAGCCAGAGACCGAGUCAGAAAAGCUCGGCUCUACCCCGCCACAGCAAGCUCCCCAGCGGCAGCAGCAGGAGGGGGACAACGACGUCGAGAUGUCCGACGCAACCGCCUCAACAGCACAACCACCACCAACAGCCCCAGCCGCCCAAAUCUCGUAUCCCCGCGUGAGCGCUAUCCUGCCAGCCUACGCCAAACCGCCGCCGGCGGCCCACCCGGGCGACGCCGACCCGCUGCUGGUGUCGCGCGUGCCGGCGUUCCCGAGCGACGACGAGCUCCGCGCGCUGAUGACGGCGCCGCCGCUGAGCUACCUCGAGGCGCGCGGCGCGUGGGGCGAGGAGGAGCGGCGGUACCCCGUGCGCGUCUUCUGCGCCGUGUGCGGCUACUGGGGCCGGGUCAAGUGCAUGAAGUGCGGCACGCGGGUGUGCGCGCUGGACUGCCUGGAGGCGCACCGCGAGGAGUGCGUGACCAGGUAUGGGCUGUGAUUUUUUUCUUUCUUUUUUGUUAGAGCAAGUUGGAAGUUGUUUUGGUCGGGGAUUCCUCAGUUUGAUACCCAUUUGAUUUGUUCCAGA